AUUCGUUGAUAAUAACAACGCGUUUACACAGCCAUUUCGCAUCAUGGCAGACGCGAACUCGGACGUCGCCGCGCCUGUGGUGGUGACCACACUGCCGUCCAUGAAUCCUCCGCUGUUCUUCGAGAUCGUGGAGGAACAGGUGUACCGCUCCAACAAGUGCGAUGCGUCGUCCUUCCCGUUCCUGGCCACGCUGCAGCUCAACACGGUGGUGUAUCUCUCAUACGACGAUCUCUCGCGUGAUCUGGCCGCCUUCUUCGCCGAGAAGGAGAUCAACGUGGUGCGUACCAAUACACUCAAAGCAGUGAUCAGCAAAUGCUAAGAGUAUAUGGAGAGCAGAUCCACUUGGGCAUGAAGUAUCGCACUGCGUCAUCCCAAUGGAAGGGUAUUUCAGAAGGAAUGGCUAAAGAGACCAUCGAGUGCAUCCUGGAUCAGAGACGACACCCCAUUCUGGUCAUGUGCAAGACUGGUGUGCAUUUUGCUGGCACAAUGAUCGGCUGUCUGCGCCGUCUGCAAAACUGGAGCUUGACGUCGACAAUUGACAAGUAUCGUAACAUUGCAGGCAGUGUCAAAACUCGCUUCGAGAACGAGCAGUUUAUAGAGCUAUUUGACGUCGACUUGGUCACUCUGCCGCAGCAACUGCCGUCGUGGUUUACUGUCCACCAACGACUCACGGAAGAGGAGCGGAUUGCGCUGACCAGGGGCGAGUUUUUCCCCGGACGAACUCCUGACAAAGUCGAAGAACUACCGCCACCCCAACAGGAUGAGUCAGAGACUAAGGCAGACGAGGAGCAUCGUUCAGAGGCAGAGGAAACACCGACAGAAGCAGGAGAACCUCCCGUGCUGGCGUACCAGAAGUAUUUCUUCUAUCUACAAGGUCCAUUGGUAUCUUCGUCUGUCAAGUUCUCAGAGAAGAAGAGUAUUAUUGGCGACGAUGACGAUGAUUAGGCAUUAGCAAACCCCUGUCUGUAUUAUUGACCACCACCAGCAUAAAGUCGAUCGAAAAAUGCAAAGCGAUGCUGACACAAAUCUACAAAGUCAAGGGUAGCAACCUCGUGGAGUGCUUAGGUCAGGUCCUGAGCGACAUCGACCUCUCCAACAAUGCUCUCCUUGAUACGUAGCAGCAGCGUAAUCUUCCAUGGUUCAAUCUUGGAGAUUGUGUCGAACUGGAAGACGGCGUCAGCGAACGCGUCGGCAUUGAAAGCCUCGUAACUCUGGUUCAUGGCCUGCAGGAACUUGCCUUCACGGCUGUCUGCGAAGGUGUAGUCGAUAUCCUGGAAUUCCUCCCACUUCAUCUGUACGAGCACCAUGUCCUUGGUGGCCAGUGCGCAAAUACCAGCGUUAAGAAGGUGGUUCUUGGCGUUAAACUUGAGCAAGUUCGACUCCAUCGAAGUCUUCGCGAUACUCUCGUAGAUCUCCAACGCCGCGUCGUACCUGCAUAAAUAAAUUAAUCGCCAAUUCUCUACUCUAAUAAAAUCUAAGUCGUCACUC